AUGGGUCACGAGUCAAGUGCGUAUCAUGGGGAGGGUAUCACCCCGGCGGGGAACUCCAGUGCCUUCUCUAGUGCGGGCGUCUCGAUGUCAGAUAACUCGACACCGGGGAAGCCUCUCCGUCCCGUGACCGGUGUAGACACGCCUAUCCCUCGACUGACCGCUCGGUCCUUGGUGAUGGCGCUCUUUGUGUCAAUGGGUGGACUGCUCUUUGGUUAUGACACUGGCCAGAUUUCUGGAUUCCAGGAGAUGGACAACUACCUGCAACGGUAUGGCGAGUUGAAGGCAAAUGGAAAGUACGAAUUCAGUGACACUCGGUCAGGGCUGAUUGUCGGCUUGCUCUCUAUUGGAACUUUGAUUGGUGCCCUGUGUGCUGCCCCCGUGGCGGACUUCUUGGGCCGGAAAUGGUCCAUUACAAUCUGGUGCAUCGUUCUCAACAUUGGAUUGAUCGUUCAGAUCUCCUCACCUUCGGGCCACUGGUGGCAGAUGGUUGUGGGUCGUUGGGUGACUGGCCUUGGUGUAGGUGGCUGCUCCUUGCUCGUUCCUAUGUAUCAGGGUGAGAGCGCCCCUCGACACAUUCGUGGUGCUAUGAUCUGUUGCUAUCAGCUCUUCGUCACGCUGGGCAUCUUCCUCGCCUACUGCAUUAACUUGGGCACUCAUACCAUGGACGGGACAGCCCAGUGGCGCAUCACCCUAGGUCUGACAUUCCUCUUCGCCUUGAUUUUGGGAGGUGGCAUGGUCUUCUUCCCUGAGAGUCCCCGCUACGACUUCCGCCAUGGGAAGGUCGAGCGGGCCCAGAGCACAUUGGCCAAGUUAUACGGUGUGCCGGAAAACCACGUGCGGAUUCUCGAGGAGCUUGAGGAGAUCCGCGAGCAAUUUGAAAAGGAGUCCGAAGACCAAGCAUGGCACGAGUUCAUCACUGCCCCCCGGAUGUUCUACCGAAUCGCCCUUGGUAUGGCCCUGCAGAGUCUGCAGCAGCUCACUGGUGCCAACUACUUUUUCUACUACGGUACGACUAUCUUCCAAGGUGCCGGUAUUUCAGACAGCUUCAUUACCCAGGUCAUCCUAGGCGCUGUUAAUUUCGGCACAACCUUCGGAGGACUCUACGUUGUCGAGAACUUUGGUCGGCGCAAGUCUCUCAUGGUCGGUGCAGCGUGGAUGUUUGUCAUGUUCAUGAUUUUCGCUUCGCUGGGUCAUUUUGCGCUCGACGUCAACAAUCCCGAGAACACACCCGGUGUAGGCAAAGGCAUGAUUGUUGUGACCUGCCUCUUCAUCGCCGCUUAUGCUAUGACGUGGGGCCCUAUGGUCUGGGCCAUUGUUGCCGAGCUGUUCCCGUCCAAGUAUCGCGCCAAGGGCAUGGCCCUGGCGACCGCCUCGAACUGGGCGUGGAACUUCCUCAUCUCGUUCUUUACGCCUUUCAUCACCAGCUCGAUCGAUUUCGCCUACGGUUACGUCUUCGCCGGCUGCCUGCUCGCUGGUAUCUUCGUUAUUUACUUCUUUGUGAUCGAGGGCAAAGGUCGCACCCUCGAGGAACUUGACUACAUGUAUGUCCACAAAGUUGCUCCCUGGAAGAGCAGCAACUAUGAGCUGCCCCACCAGAACUCGGAGUGGCAGCCCGAGGAGGCGCCUCAUGGUCGCAAGGAGCAAGAAAUGUACCACGCCGAGAACGCCUGA